AUGGUUCUGGCCGCUACUACGACCUACGGCCUCUGCGGCGUGCUAAUGGUGUUUAUAGUGUUGACGGCUUCGAUACAGGCUACUCGUUUGACAUUAACUGGUGAAAGUGCAGCGCAAUGGCAGCGCAGCGGAGAGCGCGGGCUGAUGGGUAUGGCGAACACAAAACCGUUUCUUCGCGGCAAGCGCCUGCUGCUCGAAUACACCGAUGGAGACGUGUGUCCAAGCAAUUCGCACUUGAAGCAGUCGACACUCAUAUCGUUCAUUUGUGAUAACGCAGUCCAUGGUGCGGGCAAUCCCGAGUUUGUCGCCGAAUGGGACCAGUGCGCUUUUUUGUUCGAGUGGAGAACGCCGCAUGCCUGUUCUGUGGAACACCUUGAGUCUGCACCAGACUCGCCGCAGCCACUACCCGCAGCAGAUGAUGACGACGACAACAGUAGAGGUGAUGGAGGACUUUUAGAUGGGCCUGACCGCAAUUCGGUUAUAUUUGUCGCUGUGUUCCUGGUCGGCAGCAUCUAUAUGCUGGGCGGAUUCCUGUACAACCGCGUGUUCAACUCGUCCCGUGGGCUGCGUGGACUCGAGCAGUUGCCAAACUACGCAAUGUGGCACGCAAUCUACGUCUUCUUCAGCACCUGUUUUCUGACUGUGUUUGACGUCGUCACUUGCCGGCGGGGCGCUGUGCGCCGUCGUGGCGACAUCAGCCUGGACUCUGAAGAGUACAACAUCCGGACACAGCUGUUUGACUCGGACGAGGACGAGGACGACGCCCAACCGCUUUCGCGCCGCAGCUGA